GUUUUAGGCAGGUCGCGCCCCAGCUAAGGGAUCUUAUUGUCUCGCGAGCCCCCGAAAACUGGUCCUACCCCCACGCAACCUUUACCUUUCGUCGUCCAGCGGCACGCGUUGUUGUUGACAUGGCACCCUGCUCUAAUCCUGGAUCGUUUGGGUCAGCGAACUCACAAAAAGCUCUUUAUUCCCUACGAUGACCAGCCUAUCGACCAACAAAUCUCAGGAGUCGAGUACGCCGACUUUCACUGUUUCAUACCACGAAGACAAUGCCGGGAAAUGGGCAACCGCUUUUCUUUUCUUUUUCUAUCUUUUUAUCUGGUUCAGACGAUGACAACGAGGACGAGUAUAAAAUCGAUAUGCUUCUCUCUGGAGUGCUCCAGUACUGGUACUUUCUCUGCGAGAAAUGCAUCCUCAUCGUCUCACUGCUGUGCGCUUCUACAAAGUUUCUGAUGAUGUCCUCAUCAGUAUUUUGGAGCAUCUUGACCCACCGUCUCUUUGGCGUGCCUGCAAGGCGUUCCGUCGUAUCUACAACAUCGUUAUGGAAUUUCAAGUUCUUCGCUACCGCUUUGAGUUGGCUGUCAUGGGAAUGAAAGACGGCGCGGUGUCCUAUGCUCGCGCACCUCCCAUCGUUCGAGCUCAACUCCUUCUGACCUACAAGAAAGACUGGCCAAAGCUCCAAUGGACCCACGAAUCUCAGUUAGAAAUCCCCAUGCCAGUCAUCGCAGGUGUCUCCGACAAAUUCAUCUUUCAAAUACAUAACCACGGCGUUUUCAACACCUUGGACCUAUCAGAGCUUCCUUCCUGCAGGACGAAUCGGCCUCCGUCCCAAACGCGUCAUCUCAAGUACACUUUGUCACAGAUUGAGGGCUUGGCUGUCGACGGGUCUCAAGGUCUCAUCGUUACAAGCCACGUUUUCACUCACAAUGGAAAAGUCUGCGUUUCACUAUCCUUUAAGGAUAUCGGAACCAACAAGAAGCACCGUCACGCGAUUACUCCAUCUUUCGAUGUCUCGACCGCAAUCGCUACGCGAGUCAUCGGUGUUAACACCUUGAUUUGUGGUUCAAAAGUCACAGUUGGUUUGAAUUUCCACGGAGGGAAGACCCUUCGCCUACUGAUGAAUUGGCGUACAAUGGAAGCGACGUGGCUGGAGGAUCUGGAUAUCUAUUUCGUAGACGAAAACCACCUUCUCGGUAUCUGCCAAGAUCGAAAGACAGGUUCUUACGUUCUGAACUCUUACGGAAUCUAUGACGUGGGGAAGAUGUCCAUUGUGAAUCAAUAUGAACUUCCCGAAGCCUGGAAAGGUUGUUCAUAUUUCGCGUUUUCGACUAACACUUCUUCGAGGACCGACAAUGAACCGUCUUCCAAUGCACUUUUCUACGCUGCCCCUGAAGUUCGUAUGCUUGCAAUCACCGCAAAGAUCCGCCCCGGACAUACCGCGUGCGAAUGGCUCUUCGUCCGAGAGUCGUUCGUCAAAUAUCCGGCGAGGAAGGGGUUCCUGCCCUGGUCGUAUUGGAGUGCUUUCUGCAUGGUGAAGGAUUUGCGAAAGUAUGGACCUUAUAUCCGGGGACCCUUGAUUGUCGGAUCUAGGGCGUUCUUCACCGAGGUGGAUAAUGUUAAUGGGGGAAGGAGCCGACUUCAUACUAUUGAUUUUUCCCCAUUUCCGGACUCGUACAGCAAGUCUACACAAUCCUGGACAUGGAUUGGCUGUCGAGCUUCAUUCAUUCCGGCGGAGACUUCGCGUUUAAUCGCGUUUGAAGGGCUGAUCCUUCAGCAGUUCAGCGUUACGGAAGACAAUCUGAUCUUUAUCCUCGUGAGGUCUACCGUCUCGCACUUGACCGACGCUGAUACCUUCAUAGGAUGAUGGGCACACAGCUACGAUGAUCGCAAAGGUUAUGACCUUUGGAGCACCGCCUAUUCGUAGGGCU